AUGCCACCAAAUCACGGUCUCACACAUCUCAAAGAAUACGAUAUAAAAGACAGCAACGUUGAACUAAUCGGCACCGACAUUGACCACCACGUAAAGUACAGCUCCGCCCUCACCGAGCCUGCCUGGAACGAUGGCUGUGUAGGCCGCCUUGCAGGCCUCUACAUAUGGCGAAUCGAAGACUUCGAAGUCAUUCCCUGGCCUGAGAACAAGACGGGACAGUUCCACGAAGGAGACAGCUAUAUUGUGCUGCAUUCAUAUAAAGUUGGGGAGAAGGAGGGGCAGGAGAAGCUGGUCCAUGAGAUAUUCUUCUGGCUGGGACGGAAGACUUCGCAGGAUGAGGCGGGCACGGCGGCAUAUAAGACGGUGGAAUUGGAUGAGUUCCUGAAGGGGACGGCGACACAGCAUAGAGAGGUGCAGAUGCAGCCUUCAGAGGAGUUCAUGGCGCUUUUCCCGAAGCUGAAGAUAUUAUCUGGAGGAGUGGCUUCGGGAUUUACACAUGUAGAAGAGGAGCAGCCGAAGGAAGUAACAACAUUGUUACGGGUCUUCAAACAUCCCUCUGGCAGGGCUGACUCGGUGAUUGUGGUGGAGGUGGAGCCUACAUGGAAGAGUUUGGAUGACGAUGAUGUUUUUGUUCUGGAUAAGGGAGACAAGAUCUGGGUUUGGCAAGGCAAGAAGUGUAGCCCUAUGGAGAAAGCUAAGGGUGCACAAGUCGUUCAUGACAUGACGCUGGCGAAACAUGUCGAUGUGGAGGUCCUCUCGCAGACCGACUCUAGAUCUGGAAUCUUCGUCAAACUGCUUGGAGGAGAAGGUGUGUCGCAACACGAGUUUAGCGCUCCCCGACCUGUAUCUACGUCAGCAAAGGACUCCAAUAGCAGGCACAAGAAGUUAUUCCGUCUCAGUGAUGCAUCUGGACAGCUGUCGUUUGAUCUUGUCAAGGACGGACAGCCUUUGCAAAGAGACGAUUUGGAUGGCAAUGAUGUCUUUUUGUUGGAUAUUGGGACUGCUAUCUGGGUCUGGCGUGGGCUUGGGGCAAGCAGAGGUGAGAAAGCGUCCUGGUUGAACGUGGCACAAUCAUAUAUUCGGCAACUUCAAGAGAUAUCUGGGACUUCAGAUGCGAAUGCUACUCCACUGGGGUCUGUGGUUGAGGGGAACGAAAGUCCAUCAUUCUUAAGGGCGAUCGAAGUUUGA